UGUAAACCAACUUGUUUUGCCGAUUUCAUUUAAUUUGCUGUAAUUUCAACUUGGAAAACAUUUGAAAUCGUAAAUCUACGUGGGGUAAAUAUGUCAGUUAAUGCGUGCUUCUUUUGAAGUUUCAUUCGGCUCCGAAAUAAUGCGCAAAACAAGUUUGUUUACAAAAAUCUCUUUAGCCCUUUUGAAGAAUUAAUAUUGAAAUAUAGUUUUCUGGUGAAAUGUGGUGAAUGGAGAACAGUGAGUCUAGUUAUGUAAGGUAUGCAAACUAGGCUCGAUGGAAGUAUCCAAGUCAGUUUUGAAUAUCACAUAGAUUUAGAGUAACAUCAGAUGUUGCUUCAAGCUGUUCUCAACCCCUAUUCGGCAGUUUUCACGCCGACACCCGCGUUACGACUUGGUAAGGCAAAACUGGUGUCGAAGGGGGUCAAUUAAGGUUGUGUGAAGUAUUCUUGAUGGUCGCAUCAUUAGCGUUUCUGCAUUAGAAUCGAAAGGCAGCCUUAGUUGAUUAUAGGAUUAGGGAAUAUUCAAAAAAAUAUUUAAAUAACGUCUUUUUCGCUUCAGAUAGUUGAUGUUCGAGUUUGUAGAACUCCUUGAGCGUCUCAUAUACGAGUUCCGAUGGAAAUUGAGGAUUCGAUGAAAGAGAUAUCUUCUAUGAGACGGUCGACGGUGGGAAUGAGACACUUACUACCACUGAAAUGAAAUCGGCUCUCAGAUAUGAUAAGCUCUUUCGGGUCGGUGUGGUCUGUUCGAGACGAACCAGGCGGACAUUCGGUUCGAGCAAACUUUAUGGGGAAUAGUGGAUAAAUAAUUCUUAUGUCCUUUAUGAGAAGAGAUUCUUUUUGUGAAACUUUAAUAUGCCUUACCUUGUCUAGCUACUCAAGAUAAUAAUAAUGGAAAAAAAUUGAGGGUUUGCCUGGUCGAUAGUAUUAUUUUUUCUUGGUUUUGGUAUUCUUCUCUAUAUAAAAAUCCAGUUAGCAAAUUUUCUAUUGCGAUUAGGGCUAUGUUCACCUGUUAAAACAUGUUAAGAUAGGUGUAAGGAACAACCUUUGAUGAUAUGUGGGCAUGUAGGGCCUAUCAGAGUGUAAGUGAUCUUCCCAUGAAAACAUAGCAAAAACACGAUUUUUGAUUGGAGACACCUCUAAAUCAUGUCCAAAUUAAGCCAUUUUUGGCGAAAGUUCUUAAAUUCACACCUAGAACAAAAAUUUGAGCUGAUUCAUGUAUAUUUUAAAACUUUUUCAAAAUGUGGAGAGGUCUAAUGGGUAUAGUACUGGUUGUUGCGCUUCUAUAAUUUAACCAUUCAAUUCGUCAUACAUUUGUACUAAUGUUGCAUUAAAACUCCAUUACAGCAUUAACAAUGCAAUAAAGCUCUAUAUUAGCAUCAAUAAUGUAUAAAUGCGCAGCCGAAAUAUAACAUUGUCACUUGCUCUAUAUGCGCAUAUACCCAAGUAACCAAUAAGCAUUAUAACGUAACCUAAUAGCUUUGAAACCUAGUCUAGUCUACACAUACACAGCCAAUACAUGUAGUGAUCCUGGAAAAUUGCAGACGUUCGUCCACAAUUUUUCUUGUCAUUAAUGUUUGUGGCAUAUAUUGAAUAUGACACAAGCAUUAAGGCGGCCAGGCCAACUGUGCAGCAUACAAAAUAAAGAUGAUUCAAAAUUAUACGGCACUCAAAUUAUUCAUUCAAUGAAUAAUUUAAUCAAAAUAAUCAGCGGAUUAUUUUGAACCUUGAAUAAGGAAGAAACGUGGACAACCGUACACAACCGUUUCAAUUUGAUCGGGGUUUGAUAAUCGUUGGGAAUGACUUAGCUAAGAGGGUUAAUGUCACUCCUUUGGUCCUAGGUUCCUGGGAUGGGACAGAAGUAUUUAGCCCUGCCCUGGCUAAUGAGCCAGGGUUAUAGCGCCCUUACUCGCUCUCUGAAACAAUAGAGAAAAUUGACGAAAUCGGUUAAUAAGUAAUAUAAACAGAAAACGCAUAAAAAUACAAACCAACGGACAACUCACCUUCGACAAAAAUCCAUACAGGACUUCUAUGUACUAAUAGGCAGUACAGGAUCAUGAAAACAGAAACCUUCCGCGUUCCUUGAGUGUUGACGAAAACACAAAUAACUGUACCGUAUAUUUCACAAUAGGCCAAACCGAUACUAAAAACGACUGAGAAGUCAUUGCUAUUUCUAUUUGGCUCAAAACAACAAUAGUGAUUCCUCAAACAAACGAAAUUGUCAUCAUUAAACUUCCUGUUCUCUAACGAGCUACUCAUGUUUCCGUAUAAAACGUUGACAAUUUGUAAAUACCUCGAAAUAUUACAAAUUAGAUUUGCAAGAAUGGUAAAUAUAAAAGUGAACUCCUCUCUCCGGAAACUCGUCUUCUGAACGAGAAAUAAAUUCUGGUUCGACACUAGAACACCCUUUGUUGCUUUCCAGAAGGUUGAUUGAAGGAAAAAAAUGAUUACAACAGAAUUUCUAUCCGGUUUAUGCAUUAUAACGUAGCCUAAUAGAUUUAUAUCCUUAUAUAAAGCAGUCAUACAGAGCCGUGAAGCCCUAAAUACUGAUAUAAUGCUGGUAUUAUGCCAGAAAAGUCGAAAUAUAGUGCUAUUACUGUGCAGAGAUUGACAGCUCGUUUUUUCAGCACUAAUGCGCACAAAUGUCAAAUUUGAAAGCAUAAUAUUGGCACUACUAAUGCUAUCAGAAAGCUUCAGUUGCCUGUCAUUGUCCGCCUUGGUUUUAAAACCAUUUCUUAUGUUUACUUUCGGUAUGGUGAGUAAAAAGGAAAAAUUUUAGAAUAAAAUGUUCUGUUUAAAACCGUAAUUGACUCUCUUCUAAUGCAUUGUAAUGAAUAUCCUUAAUGGGUUUUCUGUCUCACAUGAUAUGAAUGUUUUACGAAAAUUACCUUUAGUAAGUCUCGAACUGAGGUACCUUGCCUCGUCCUUCACGGUAAGUGCUCUGCGUUUGCUGCCUGGCCUAUAUUGCAUAUGUUCGAUUGAAAUGAAAUAUGCCGAAUAUAAUCUUCAAGAAAAGUUACAUAACGAAUAAACCCACAGCAUUACAAUAGCAUUAUAUCGGCUUUUUAUUUGCUCUAUAAUGGCACUAAAUGCACAUGUAAAGCUUACAUGCUUUAAAGAUUCUUGAAGCAUGUACGCGUUAUAUCAGCUUUAUAUUCGCAUAUAGAGCAAGUGAUAAUGCUAUAUUUCGACUGUGCAUUUACGCAUUAUUGAUGCUAAUAUAAAGCUUUAUUGCAUUAUUAAUGCUGUAAUGGAGUUUCAAUUUAACAUUAGUGCAAAUGUAUAGCCAAUAUAGUGCAAUGGCUUAAUGCUUAUGGUUACUUGGGUAAAGCUGAUAUAAUGCGUACAUGCUUCAAGAAUCUUUAAAACAGAUCUGAUGGUAACCUAUAGAGUCGUGUAAGUCGCAUGGGUUUAGAUGUGUUAUUGUCCUAAAAGGAAACAAACUAAAAAAUGUUUUUUUCAAUAGUUUCGAGCUUAAAAAUAGAAAAAGAAUUGAGAUAUCAACUCACGGCACACCCCUAAAUAUCGUUAUUGAGAUUUAUGUCCUUUUUGCGAGGUUAUUGCAUUUAUUACAGUUAUGAAUGUCAUUCCAAUUAUUACACAAAGUUCAAAUUUAAAUAUCGUGAUAUAAAUUAGCAGAAGCGCAUGAAACUCAUAACAAUGGCCUAAAGAUGUUAUAAGUACCGCUUACGAAAUACGAGACUCAAAUUUUCCUUUUGUCAUAAGUAAAACAUAUUCCCAUAUGGGAAACUUGUGGCAAAAAAUCAUAAGCAGUUCUUAUGGAUUUCAAUAGUUAUUUUUCCCCGGUGUAUGUGACGCGCUGAGCUGCCAGCAAGAAGAAGAAGAGCAGCGUCUUGCAAAAACUGAUGUCUUAUAUCUACCUACUUUUGUGUUCCAGCAAUAUAUUGUAGUUAAUUUGUACAUUGUAGCUAUAUAGAAAAGAUAUGUAAAAUGACUAAAGCUCUGCAAGAGUACAACCUGGAUAUGGACUUGAAUAAAAUGUGUCGAAUUUGCUUAUCGCAAACAGAUGCUAGUGGCCAGUUGUUCAAUAUAUUCUCGAGUGCUAUUGUUGAUGGUUUUCUGGUGCGGAUUCCGGAAGUAAUUUCGUUUUGUGUGGACUGGCAGAUUGAAGAAAUGGAGGGAAUUCCAAGUAAACUUUGUCAGAUUUGCAAGGGGCAACUUUUGAAUUUUUACAUAUUUAAACAAAAAUGCAAACGAACGGAGCUGAUACUGCAGCAGACAGUAUUUUCGAGAGCGGAUUGCAGGCGAAUGGAUGUAGCGUCAGUAUGUGAUCAGGCUCAAGCAGAUACGAAUCCAUCAAAUGAAAUUUCAGAAGAAAUGAUUGUACUUACAGACACAAAACAUAAGAUUGGUUCCGAAAAUUUGACUAUUCGUGGAGCACCGCAAAAUCAGAGCCAACUGUGCGAUAAAGUUCAAGACUUAGGGCAAGUUGAGCUACACACUUCUGAACACAAUUUGACUGAAGAAAUUGCUGUAUGCGUUGAUAUAGAUGGAAAAGAUGAAGUAUCUAGCGAUACAAAAGAUUUUGAGCCGGUCACACCUAUGUCGGAGGAUGGGGAGAUUUAUUUUCUGGAAAGUGAAUCAGUUGGAACAUUAAACAUUAGCGACAGCGUUAAUAAUGAUUACGAAGCGGAGGAGAAUCGAUUUCAAUCGAUGCAGUCGGAAGAAGCGCUUCUUGCAGAAAAAAUCAGCUGCACGAUUUGUGGGAAGACAGUUAAAGGUCGUGCACGCUAUCUCAGACAUGUACACUUGCACGAUGCUAGCUCUAAUGUAACCGGAUUCUUUACUUACCACACUUGCAUUGUUUGUAGUAUGAUGUUUACUCAAAAAGAUCAAUUUAUAGAACACAUACAGUUCAGUGAACACCAGCAAUGCGAUGGACCUCUUCUUAAGGAUUGCGAAUUACCAUACAUUUGCGGUGUUUGCUCAGUCGAACAUCACAGUACUGAUCGUAUGAAGCAGCAUCUUUUAUCUCAUUUAAAAUCCUUCCCGUGUCCUUUUGAAGGAUGUGGAUGUGAGUAUAGUUCUUCGGCAAGAUUGUCUAUUCAUAUAACUAAUAAGCAUAUUGAGUAUGAAUCGUAUAUGUGUCGGCAUUGCGGGUCGGACGAUUUCGAUUCUAUGGCGGAGUUGCAACAGCACCUUCGUCUGAAGUGUACUGAGAAAAAAUAUCAGUGCAGUCACUGUGAAAAAAAGUUCCUAACAUCUCGUUCGUUGGCGCAACAUUUGAAAUGUCUGGAAAAAAAGCACCACUGUCUUGAGUGUGGGAAGGCCUUUGCACAGCCCGGUGAGCUCACGUUGCAUCAGAGAACACAUAACGGGGAACGGCCGUUCCAAUGCACAGUUUGUGGGAAUCGCUACAGGACUGCGUCACUCAGAACGGCUCACAUGGAUUCUCAUAUUGAUGGCAAAACGUUUGAGUGUCUAUUGUGUGGAAAAAAACUACAAUCGCGUACUUGUUAUCGUAAUCAUGUCAGGCGGCAUUCAGAGGAGAAAAAACAUGGAUGCGAGAUUUGUUCGAAAAAAUUCUACACUAAGUAUAAUGUAAAAGUCCACAGAGAAAAAGUACACAAAUUGAUCAGAAAGGUGGAAAAUAAAUAGACAACAUUCGUUGGGCGUA